CAUUCUCUCCCCCCAUUUAUUACCUUUCUCUUCAGCUCAUUCCUCAUCUGUCUCACUGAAGGAAGAAAAAAAGAAAAAAAAAAAACUCAAACUUCUUUGCCUUUUCCUUUAUUCCCUUCUUUAUUCUCUAAAUCUCUGCAUGUCUCUGCUGAAGAAGACCAAUUGAACACCAUUUUUUCUUCUCCUCUCUCUCUCCAAAAACCUUUCUCUUCUUUAAUUUGCUUUUUGCAAGAACUUCUUCCAUAACACAAAUCCAACUGAAAUCUGAUCUCUUCCUCUAUCUGAAUCUCCUUGCAAUUUUUGAAUGAUUGGUUGCUUUUUUCUGUUUACCAAAAUCUCUUCCUUUCAGUAUUUGUAAGUACUGGAUAAUAAUAAUAGUUAAAAGAUGCCCAAUGUUGGAAGGUUUAUAAAUAUUGAAAAAUCUUCUUCUUCUUCUUCUUCUUCUUCUUCUUCUUCAACCCCAUCUCUUGAUCUCUCUCUUCAAAUUAGUCCACCCAAUAACAAUUCCACUGCUAUUGAGAUCAGCUCCCAUGGAACUGGGGCUGAUCAUCAUCUUCAUCAUCUUCCAUCUCAUCAUAAUUUCACCUCUAAAUUCAAUCAGAAAAAUAAUGGGGUUUGGCUUUUGGAUCAUCAUGGCCUCUUUAGACCCAUUAAUGGCUUCCCAAUUCAUCAUCCCAAACCUUCUUUCUCCUCCUCCUCCUCUUCAACCUCGUGCUUGAAGGUCUUCGGCUUCGCCUCGCCACCGUAUCUCCGGUACCAGCUCGAUUCCGCCCGGCCAACCGUGGCGAGAGGGCGAUGCGCGAGGGCGCCGAGGAUGCGGUGGACGACCAGCCUCCACGCUCAGUUUGUUCAUGCUGUGGAGCUUCUUGGUGGCCAUGAAAGAGCUACCCCUAAAUCCGUUCUAGAGCUCAUGGAUGUGAAGGACCUAACCUUAGCUCAUGUUAAAAGCCAUUUACAGAUGUUUCGGGCUCACAAGACAACCGACAAGCCUGCAGUUUCUCCAGGUGGGUCAGAGGGUAGCUCCGAGUCUCCGGAGGACGAUGUCUUGUCGAUCUCGAUGAGGAGUGCAGCCAUGGAUGGAAGCCUUCAACUCUUUUCGAGCUAUGUUUCCUCUAAUAGUCCCCUUUCCUCAAUGAAUUCCACGAGGGACUAAAUUCAGCUCAUAUCAGAAGCUCUUAUGAAGAGUUGUAGUUUGAUUGCUACAAACCUAAUUUAGAGAUGGCAUUAGGCAGAUGAUAUAUAUAUCUGAUUGGCUUGCUCAAGGAGAUGUAUGCUUUAGUGUUUUUUUCACUUUCUUUCUUUUCAAUUAUGUACUUAAAUUUAAU